AAAUAGCAGGUGUGUCUAUAGAGAAUAAGCGGGAAAAGUAGCGUUACCGAGCCCUAGGGUUUUUCGUUAACGUGCAUGUAUCGAGCUGCGAAUUGGACUUUACCACCGACAUUAUAGAUAGAAAAUGAAUCCGAUUGGGCAGCGUGGCACGAAGGCCACAUCCGGCAGCAGCACUGCAGUAUUGGUCGAUCCCGCUUCAGCAACAGCGAAGUUGGUCGAAUUUCCUAUAUAUUAUUGAUAAAUAGCUCGCGUUGCUCGUGUGACUUUUAGCAAAAUCGACGUCGGUAUUAGUCUCUGAAGAGGGAAAGUCUAGACUGUCGAGAUCGCGGACGUACCAACACUACUACGAAAAGACGCAAAACGGUUAGAAGUACGCGCGUUCCUUGUAACGAGAAAUCCAGCCAAAGGGAUUAUCGUACAUUGGGUGUGACGGACAUUUAUAUCUGUGCGAGUUGCAUGAAAGUCGUUUCGUGUUGCGUAGUGGAUAAGAAACGACCGAUUAUUUGUGGAUCCUACGGGUGUAUGUGUGAUUAUGUCGAGCGCCCCUGAAGCGAGGUGAGCGCUAUAGAAGGGGGGAAACUGCCGAAAAGAAGCUGUCUUCGAAUCUGUUUUUUGCUCCGCCAUUGUACGCUACAAGAGUACCGCGAAGGAAGCCGCUUCUCUUGUUUUCUCGUGUGUUCUCAAUUUCACCAGAAUUUUUAUCGAACCGAUCGGUUGUUCAGCCGUGUAAACGCGCCUACGCCUGUGUGUGUUAACGCACUCGUCUCGGGGUUACGCUAUUCACGAGGCAAAACACUCGCUUACCACAUCGGCUUAGUCUACUUUUGAAGUUCACCGAUCCAGAGUACUAAUUCGAUACUGGAAAGAAAUCUUCAUGGGAUGAUCAAGUCUCGUUUUUAUUCAUGUUCAUUUUGGGUUACUUUGUGUGUUUAAAUGUUACAAGCAAGUUUGAACAUGUUUCCCUUCUGCAGCCCAAGAAAUAAGGUUAAAUGAUACGAAUCAGUCCUAAGGAUACAAAUGAAGAGUCAAACAUGGCGGACAUAGAGAAGCUAUUGAAACUACAUAAUGCGUAAUAUGAAAUAAUUAAAGAAUAAGAAUACACAACACGAAGCAAGAAGAAAAUAAAAGAGAAGAAGCCAAGUCGGAGGAUAAGAAUAAAUAAUAUAAAAGUAGAGGACAUUAAAGUAGUAAUGGAUGAAUGGGAGUGAGCACAGCACGUGUGAAGUGCAGGUGUGGGUGCGUACGCACGUGGGAGCCUCUGGAUGUCGAGGCCGCAGCACUGGCAGUGUCAGUGGCAGUGAUGGCCCCUGCUCUGACGGAAGGCGGUCCUCAAAAGCCUGAAAAUUUGCUCCCUCCCCUUCCAGCUAGCGGAUUUCUUUCCCCAGAGCAGGCUACCGAAGUGUGCCAGAAUCGCGAAAUUCUGGCUAAAUUUGUUGUCUCUGCAAACGUUCAACCGUCAAAGAUUGAUGAUCAGUGUUUACGUGGUAUAUCAAAGGAUCUCAUUCGUGAUGUCAUCAAUUCGAAAUAUGCCAAUGAUCUUGAUAGUUUGUCUCCAUUUACGCACGGAUCUGACUUGAUUACAAAGAAAGGAUUAUUAAACCAGGACUGUGAAGAACCGGAUAUUCCGGGCAGUCCAGAGAAAAAGGCGACUGACAUUAUAAUGAACGACCCAUCUAUGGGUGAUCAAGCGGACAAUAUGGGUUUCUUAAAAUCAAGCGCAGAUUUGCCUAUGGUGGGCUCAGAAACUGCAGGAGACAAUAAAAAUCUGGAUGUGGAUCAAAUAAUGGCAUUUGGUACUGAUAUAACUACAGAUAACGAGCAAUGUAAUAUGGGGAAUGUCGGCGAUAUUGGACAGAAUGUCGAGGAGAUUUUGCAAGUUAUCAAAUCGAUCGAAGGGGUUGAAAAUGCAGAAAAUAUAUCUGCCGGGGGCGGCGAACCGGUGCAAAGCACCGUCGACGGUGUGGAAAUGUUUUCAAUGCCAGAGGAAGGAUUUUCAUCCUUUGAACGGGAUUUACUUAACGACGUUGAUGUUAUGAGUAUUUGCAACAAUAUGAACAUCGGCGAGACAGUGGACCAACAGAAAAUUAACACGUUAAAACUGCAGCAAGAUAUUGUUGCACAAAAACAAUACGAAAGUGAGAGGAGAUGUGCAUUUUUAUUAAGAAGACUGAGGAAGCUUCAAGCGAGAAUAGUUGGCAGGCAUGUCGCGGAAGAAAAUACCGGAGUUCUUGAACUUGCUCAUCACGGAGUGAAGAAAUAUCUUUUCCAAGAAUUGGUUAAUAUCAGUUCUAAGUCAAACGUUAGAAACUUUCCUGAAAUUAGCAGUAGUUUGAGUUCAUUUUUGCAAAAGAUUGAGAAAAUGUGCGUUGCCCAGAGCAACAGUGUGAAUCGUCAGCGAUUAUGUUGCCGAUACUUUGGUGGUGGAUCGCGCGACAGUUUAGGUAGUACUUCUGGUAAUAAUAGUAAUCGUCAACCAGUGUUUGGUACUCCUCAAGUUAAAAUAAAAGGUGACGAAGUGGAGAGUGUGGCUGGACCUUUAGCUACGCAAUUACAUAUUGUGGAAUCUAAUCUUGACUCUGAUUGUACUGCGUCUAGUAGUGGUGGAGAAAGUUGUGAUGAAAUGCAGUCAUUUAACAAUCCUCAUCAGCAACAUUUAUCAAUAUCAAAAAGAGCAGCAUGGAGGUAUGCUCAAGAUCGUGCAGGUGUAGCAGCUAGAUGGACAUGGUUACAAGCACAAAUAUCAGAUUUGGAAUAUAGAAUUAGACAGCAUAACGAAUUGCAACGACACGUUAGAGCUAAUAAAGGCUUAGUGAUUCUUGAUAACGCAGAAACAGUUAAUGGGUAUAGUGGUGUAUUGCCAGGUUCUACAGGACGUUAUAAUUCACCAGAAGGUGAAUUACCAGCCAGUAGGACACGGCCGUUUGUAUGGAGUUUUUAUAGGAAGAGAAAAUUGUUACAACUAGACAGGUUACACGAAUUUUCAAAACGGGCAGCAAAAGCGUCAACAGUAAGAUGCAAUUGUGACCAUGUAUUACCUCCAUGUGCUUUAUGUACUGGAAGAUCGGAUCCAAUGCAAAUGCAAGAACCAAUUGAACAGAUGUCUGUGCAAGAACGAAUUGCACUUGUUGAUCCUAGUUUUCAUCCUGUUUUGUCAUUUCCUGAUGAUGUUACACAAGGAAAUCAUGUUGAUGCUAUUAUGAAAUCAGUGGAAUGGCAACAGAAAAUGUUACGGGGAAAUUUACGAAUUACACGCUUAAAAGAUAAAGAAACUAAUGAUAGAAGGAAUAAAAAACUUCCAGGGCAUAGAGCAAAGUAUGCAGCUCGAUUGAAAAAAUCAUCAUCAAGUAUUCUUACUGCAAGAAUUAAAAGAAAAAUGUUAAAAGGAAAGAGGAACAGACUAGGUCACGAUAGAAGCGUACACGGUUUAAGCAGAAAGAGGGUACAGAAAUUAACUACUGAGGAUGAUGAUGAUAUUAGUGCCCUUUCCAGCUCUAGUAAACAUUCAUCUCCAGUGCCUUCACCGCUACACCAUACCGCUGCUUCUACGGAGAAAAAUACAAUUAAAGAAAAAAGUUCUAUCUCUCAUGGGCGUCUGAGGCAAAAUUCAUAUGAUAUUGAUAAUAUUGUUAUACCAUAUAGCGUAGCUGCUUCAACUAGGCUUGAAAAAUUACAAUAUAAAGAAAUAUUAACACCAAAGUGGAGGUUAUGCGAAGAACCUUUGAAAUUAGAUAUUAAAAAUGGUGUUAUGCACAGGCCUAGUCAAGACAGUGAUUUCGAAGAUAUGUCAGAUGAAACCAUUGCUUUGAGGCAUGAACGAAGCGAACGAGAAGAAAAUAAACGUUUUAUGACAUACAUGACUUUGCCACAUCAGUCGCGUAUUCGACACAAUCGUAGAACGGAUAGUCGAGCGGACAGUGGUGCAAAUACACCAGAUCCUAUGUCUCCUCAUGCUAGUGAUUUUGGUGGGGAUAUGAUGUCUCCUAUUACAUCACCUCCUCCAACUCCACAAGUUCAAGACGCGGAACAUCAACAGAAUUUGGAUACACAUCGAUCAUCUGCUUUGCAAAAUGCUUUGCGACGUCGUACUACGCCUACGCUAAGAUUAGGGAAAGACGAUAGUACUUUAAUGAACGAGGACGAAAAUGAGAUUUUUCCGUAUGAACCAAGGGUAUUUCCAUUAUCCGAGGAAGUUUACGAUAAAAUGCUCGAAGUGAUGCCAGAUGGACAUUGGCAAGCUUCAUCAGCGUCUCUCUGUUCUCGCGAAGAAGAAAAGGCAGAUGAUGAUGGGGAAAUGGAUUCUCCAGAAUCAGAUUCAACUGAAUCAGCUUGUUGUGACAUAGAAGGUGAGGAUCCCAAUGAUCCUGAAUGGACAGUAGCUGACGAUAGGGAUACUGAAAAGGAACGAAUACGUCCGACGGCUAAAAGAUAGGAAAAAGUCUCUUAUACGUACAGUAUGUCUACGUCGUCGUUACUAUAUGCAGAAGCUACCUGUCAAUUGUUAUAUAUACCUGUCGGUCAUGUAACAUGCACCUUAAGUUAAUGGUAUUACGAAACUGUAAAGUGUAUUAUAAAUAUAAAUUUUAUAACUUCAUUCUGCUUAAAUUAAUGGAAAACCUCUUAAUAAUUGCUUUUUAAGUAUUGCUAUUUCGGCCAAAGCAUUAGAAUUGUACGAGUAUCAUCCUUUUAUUUAGGAUAAGGAUAUUGUUAUAUUUUUUUCUUUCAUUGUUAUUGUCGAUAAAUAGGACGUAGUCCUGCAAAAGUUGGAAUCUCAUACAAACAGAAUUAGACAGUUUUUAUAAAAAAAAAAAAAAGGAAUAAAAGAAAAACCAAUAAAAAUGUAUUUAUAUUAUAAUCAAACUCUUAUGUUAAAUAAAAGUGCCAACCGAAAAUAUUCUGGAGAAUCACUCUUCGAUGUUGCAUAUUUUUUCUAUCAACGACGAGCGAUAUUCAUUGUAAAAUAUGUGAAAAUAUCCAACAAAAAAUCCAAUUAUUAUGAACGCUUAUAUAAUAAUUUAUUGUAUAUAUUCCCUGUAAUGUGUCAACCGUUAUAUUUCUAUAAUUGACUUCUCUUAUGUUGUUCAUUAUUAUGAUUUCUUCAAAUGAUUUCAUAAUUUUCGCAUCUUGUAUAACAGUCAAAAACAGUUUACUUGUAAAACUUAAAAAAAGAAUGUAUGUAAUAAUCCCCAUUCACUUUAGAUUAAAAUAGGCAGGUAAGAAUAAUACAUUAUAGAAAGAUCAUACAAUUAAUGCUUUUUGCUUUUUACAAAGAACAUAAAUUUAAAGUGAAUUUUAAUAUUAAAAAGAAAAUUACCGUAAUCUUGUAUUUUGACUGUUAUGUUCUAUUUAUAAUUUAUGAAGCAUGAUUUCAUGUUUAUUUAAGUAACAAGUUACACGUUUAAAAUCUCAUAUCACUGUGAUUUCGUGAUUUUCUAACAAUCUGUGAUACUACAUGUAAUUUCUUUCGUAUUGCAUAUUUUAUAUUUAGUCAAGCAUAUCUAUAUUUAAAAGUCGUGCGCUUAGAUUUUGUACAUCACAUUUUGAAUGAAAAUAAACAAGCAGCAAUGGAA